UCUCCCCCCCCCCCUAACUCUCUCUCUCUCUCUCGCCCGCUUUCCUCUCCUUUUUAAAUCCACGAGCGGCGGAGGCGGCGGGUUUUAAAUUCGUACCUGGACGAGUUUGUUUGCUCGGGACGCCGCGUGCAUUUGAAUCCCGCGUCAAAAAAGCCGCCUUGAUGCAGCGCGUCACCAUGCCCAUGCUUUCCCUCUUGUGCCUCCUGGGGGCUGCGAUGCCGGCCGUCUCCAAGCCCGGAUGCCACCCUUACCCGUUCGAGCUGGCGCUGCGUCGCGAGCGGGGCGCGUGCCUGGCGCGCGUGCACGCCUGCGUGGGGUUCUGCGAGUCGAGCGCGUUCCCCUCCAAGUACUCGGUGCUGCAGGCCAGCCACUUCCGCCACAACAUCACCUCGGUCGCGCAGUGCUGCACCAUCCGGCGGCUCGAGAAGGUGCGAACGCGAGUCAAGUGCGGGGCGAGCAACCACGUGAUGGAGGUGUUCACCGCCAAGGAGUGCCAGUGCGAUGUGUGCCGGCGAGCGCGCUACUGACUCCACCUCCUCCUCCUCCUUCUCCCGGCUCCCCCGAGCGAACGACGGCAAGCCAAGUACAGCAACUAGGACGAGGCGUGUUUUCACGGAUACGCCGAUUUACCGACUUACAAAAAAGGCAUUUGAAUUGUGAAGCCGGCGGCGACACGCGCGAUGAUGAAUCUCGCGCGCGUCGCGAGAGAUGAUCGCGCGUGCCAGCUGCGAUCGGUCCGUGUUGACCUCUGCAGCCGGUCAAUUGGAGGGCGCUCGAUGGAUUUACCGCAAUGAGGUUAAAACUAAAAAAAAAUCGACGAAUAUUUUUUUUUGUAUCAAAUUGCGGCGAACGGAAUCGUGACAAUUCGUGGAAUCACUCGCACAUUAAUCAUUAGUUUACUUUUGUAUUCGUCGGGUGCGAGUGGAAACAUCUAUGCAUUCGCUUCGUCUGUCUUGCGGUGGCGUAGCUCUCCGAUGUUUCUUCGGGAUGUACCGUAGUUGCUGAAGAAACUCUCACAGCACGUGGAGCGAAACGUCGGACAUCGUGGCACACAAGAGGCGGUACACAACUGAGAAACCACAUUGGGCAGCCACAUAGCAGCACAGCGGCGAUUACGUACGCAGUGGUCUGUGUUGGAUAUUUGGGCCAGUUAGUCAUAAUUCGUUUUUUUAUCAGAUUUUAAUUAAACUCUGUACCAAGGGCUCUGGGCAUUUGCUCAAUAUUUCUCAAGACUAAAUGGUCACGGUCACGGUCACGCUCACGAAUCCUCACGCUAUACACACUCUGCAUUACCUGCUACGAUACUUUAGUUUAUCCAUCCUCGGGCAGAUUUCAGUCGAUUGAAUUCUUCGAAAUCUGUCAUUGCAAGAAUGUCAUUAUACGUGAUGUAUGCGAAGGCUUUAUCUACGAACAUAUUUUUUUUUUAUAAGUUCAUACGUUAGUGGAAUAAAUGUGCUACAAACGCUUAUCUUCGAUGGUAGUGUGGCCUCAGUGAUGAAUACUCGUGAUGUUAAUGGAAUAAACACGGCUUGUAACCGCU